UUUAGUUAUUUUUAUCCGUGCCCAGUGCUCAGUGCUCUGGGGCAGAGGAGCCACUCUCAGAUCUCCUGGGGAGCGCACGCAGCUGCCAGGAGCUGGGCAGGGGAGGAGGAACAAGAAAAUAAAGCACAAGGAAAGGGAAGGUGGCAUAGCAAGGCACAGCAAUAGCAUCAGAGAGAGGCACGAGACAGCGAGAAGGAAAAGAACAAAGGGCUUGGGCAGGGUUUUUCUUCUUUUCCUUCUGUUUUUAACCCUGCACUCCAGAGGAAAAUGGGACAGCAGUUCACCAAUGCUGAAGGGGAGCAAGGAGAGAUUGAUGUUGCAGAGCUGCAGGAGUGGUAUAAGAAGUUUGUGGUGGAAUGUCCCAGUGGGACCCUCUUCAUGCACGAGUUCAAGCGCUUCUUCGGCGUGCAGGACAACCAGGAAGCAGAAGAGUACGUGGAGAACAUGUUCAGGGCUUUUGACAAGAACGGGGAUAACACCAUUGAUUUUCUGGAAUAUGUGGCUGCCUUGAACCUUGUUUUGCGAGGGAAACUGGAGCACAAGCUGAGGUGGACGUUCAAAGUGUACGACAAGGAUGGGAACGGCUGCAUAGAUAAACCUGAGCUGCUGGAAAUCGUUGAGUCUAUCUACAGGCUGAAGAAGGUGUGCUGGGCAGAAGUGGAGGACAGGCCCCCGCUGCUGACACCGGAGGAGGUGGUGGAGAGGAUUUUUCAGCUGGUGGAUGAGAACGGGGAUGGGCAGCUCUCUCUUGACGAGUUCAUUGACGGAGCCAGGAAGGACAAGUGGGUGAUGAAGAUGUUGCAAAUGGAUGUGAACCCCGGGGGAUGGAUCUCUGAGCAGCGGAGAAAGAGUGCUUUGUUCUGAGAAGAUUCAGGUUUGACACAGCUGAAAUCCUGAUGCUGACCCUUCCUCUAGCCUGGUAGUGACUUUCCUUUUUAAUUCGAUCUCAGCAUCCAGAUGAGCACUGGAGUGGUUUAAGGAGCCGUGUCUCGAUGUAAAACCCACGUGCUGAGCACUGCUGGUACCCAGGGACUAUUUCUGGCCCAUGAAUAAGUCUCGCUGUGUACACAACGCUGUGUUUGCCAGCUCUGCUUUUUUGGUUACACCCCGAGGAACAAACUUUUUGUGGCUUCCUGCAGCAGGUCCUGAGCAGGGUUUGGGGCUGGUGGCAGA